AUAAAAUAUGACUACAUGCAUUGGUCCAAAAGUAAAGUUUGAAUUGCUACAACAUAAAAUGGAUUUAUUCAAUUAAACUUAUGACUACAAUCAAUUAAAUUCAAUUCAGUAAUUAAUGGAAAGAAAAGUGAGUUUUGCAGAUUCUUCAAUUGUAUUUCUACAUUACUCAGAAGAGAUGAUAUUCCAUUUUAGGUCAAGACUCAAAUCUUAAGUACAAGCAAAGCAUAUAGAACCUUUAUUUUUAAAUCCAUAAUUAUGUGACUCAAAUUUGUAAAAUAAAAAGAAAUCAUGUUUCAAGGAAUUAUAGAAUAAAGGGAAUUGA